UUACAGGUUUGGAAGAGGCUCAUCUGCCUGCUCAACACUGGCAGAGGGAGUGUCUGUCUCUAAGAGACUAGAAACCUCUCUAAUCUCAUUCCAGUAGUUUCCAAGUCCCACUCUCCAGCAAAGCUCCGUCAAAAAAGGAGGCUAUUGCUUGUCCCUGUUCUGUUACGCAUGGAUGACAGACUAAAGGUGUCCAGAAGUGGCCCUCGAAGUCUUGGAUUUUUUACUUGAGAUUUGUUUUGUGAUGGAGACGAUGUUGAAGUCUCACCGCGAUGAACAGCACCCUCAUCAGGCUGAAGACUUCCACAGGAAGCUUGAGCAGAACAGCAAGCUUUCAGGAAUAAAAAAAGAUAUUGAAAAACUUUAUGAAGCAGUGCCACAGCUUGUAAAUGUGUUCAAAAUUAAGGAAAAAAUUGGAGAAGGUACUUUUAGUUCUGUUUACUUGGCCACAGCACAAUUACAAACUGGAUUAGAGGAAAAAAUGGCUCUGAAACACUUGAUUCCAACCAGCCACCCUCUGCGAAUUGCUGCUGAACUUCAGUGCCUCACAGUAGCAGGGGGACAAGAUAAUGUUAUGGGAGUUAAAUAUUGCUUUAGGAAAAAUGAUCAUGUGGUUAUUGUUAUGCCAUACCUGGAACAUGAAUCCUUCUUGGACAUUCUGAAUUCUCUUUCCUUCGAAGAAGUGAGGGAAUACAUGUUUAAUCUGUUCAAAGCAUUGAGGCGCAUUCAUCACUUUGGUAUUGUUCACCGUGACGUCAAGCCCAGUAACUUCCUCUACAACAGGCAGCUAAAAAAGUAUGCCUUGGUAGAUUUUGGCUUGGCACAAGGAACCCCUGAUACGAAAAUUGAACUUCUGAAAACUGCCCACUCUGAUGACCAGCAGGAAAGUUGCUCGCAAAAUAAUCCCAUUGUAGCCUUGGGAAAUGGGGUUUCUGUCAGUAACACAGCACCUAAACAGAUAGCUCAACAGUCAGCCUCAAAAGCAGCUGACAGAAAGUCCAGCUCACUUUCAAAACCACAGAUUAAACAAGGAAGAGGAGGAAAGGAGGACUCUGUGCACCAUUCUGUCCAGCGCUCUGUCUUUGGAGAGAGGAAUUUCAAUGUCUAUAGUUCCACAUACCAGGAGAACUCAAGUACAAAAGUAAAACUCAUAAAACAAGCAAAGGUGAUAGAUGUUUCAUCUAGGAAGUUAGUAACAAAGAAGAAGAUUAUUUUUACCAAAACUGUGAGCAAUGGGGCAGCCAGGAAAGCUGCCGGUCCCUUAAACCUGCCCUGUGACUGUUAUGCAACGGACAGAGUUUGCAGUGUUUGCCUUUCAAGGCCUCAACAAGUUGCCCCCAGGGCAGGAACACCUGGAUUCAGAGCACCAGAAGUAUUAACAAAGUGCCCCACUCAGACCACAGCAAUUGACAUGUGGUCUGCAGGAAUCAUAUUCCUUUCUCUGCUCAGUGGACGGUAUCCAUUUUUCAAAGCAAGUGAUGAUUUAACUGCUUUGGCACAAAUCAUGACAGUCCGUGGAUCCAGAGAAACCAUUCAGGCUGCUAGAACUUUUGGUAAAUCAGUUGUGUGUACCCAGGUUGUCCCAACUCAAAACCUACGAACUCUCUGUGAAAAGCUGAGAGGAACAAACAGUGGCUGUAAGAGAUCUCAGGGAGAAGUGCCCAAUGGGUCUGAAAAUGACUCAGCUUUGCCAUUUGCAGUAGACAAACCAUGUGCUCCUGAGACACUGGGAAAACAAAUUCAACAACGAAAAAGCUUUCAGGAAGGUGAUGGUGCUUUGGAAAUGAAGGCAACUGACAUGAAAGGAUGGGAUCAGGUUCCUGAUGAAGCAUAUGACUUACUUGAUAAGCUACUAGACUUAAACCCUGCAACAAGAGUAACUGCAAAGGAGGCUUUGUUGCAUCCUUUUUUUAAAGACAUAAGACUCUGAGAA